AUGGCACGGCUCGGCCGGCACGGCAUGGCAUGGCACCGCACCUCACCCGACACGGAAUCUAAACCUGGACCGGGACCCGGACCACAGUCAUCGCCAUCGCCCCACGAGUCAACAGAGAACACCACGAAGCUGAACUACCGCAGGAGGCAGAUUACGCUCUGUCUUCGCGUGGUCCGCGGCACCACGGGAGACACGAUCCACCGGAUUGAGCACCGCGAGGCGUAA